CUUAGCAUUUUAAUCGUUUCGUCCGUGUAGAAGCGAGCCGUUUUGUUGGAACAGAACCCUACGGGGUCUCGUUUCGGCUCCAGGCAAGGGUGCAACGCAGUUUCAAAGAUAUAUUGAGAGGGUGACUGCGUGCACCCUGAACGGGGAGAUCGAUAUAACACAUGCGCCCUGCGGCACAGAUUCAACAGCUUUUCAACUUGUACACAAACCAGUGUUCUCUCUUCUCUCUCGUCAUCUGCUCACUCGUUUUUUAUUCUCGCGAAAAAUCAGUGGAAUUGUCAAAAAUUACUGAAUUCCACAUCCAUUCGUAGAGUGAUUGUCUGUAUCUGGUCAUUCGAAACCAAUUACGUGUAAUUAACAUCGAGAUUCUAAAAUUAUUUUCGCGAAAACCUCUCAUAAGGUAUAAGGAUGCAAGCGGAGAAGACGGAGAACGAGACAAACGAUGCAAAGGUAGAAAUGAACGAGGUGGAAAGCGAAAAGAACGAGACGAAAGUGGAGAAAAACGGGUCUAGCGAUGAAACCGUGACGACGAAAGCGGCGAAUUUGAAGAUCGACGAUGAGACCGGCAGCUCGACGCCCAGCAGUCCUGGCGCCACUCAGUCUGGCAGUUUUUUGGCGAAUUUCAAGGCGUUCUCGAAAUUCGGUGACCCGAAAAGCGACGGAAAAUUGAUCAACCUUAGUCAAAGCGACAAAUGGAUGAAACAGGCGAAGGUGAUCGAUGGAAAGAAGAUCACUACCACAGAUACAGGGAUCUAUUUUAAGAAACACAAAUCCAUGAAACUGGGUAUAGAACAGUACAAAGCGUUUUUGGAAGAGUUGGCGAAGAGUAAGAAGGUCGACUUGGCGGAAAUGAAGAAGAAAAUGGCGAACUGCGGUUCUCCUGGAGUAACUAGUGGCGCUGGUGCUGCUGGAAAAGCUGCGUCCACGGUGGACAGAUUGACAGACGUGAGCAAGUACACCGGUUCCCACAAGCAACGAUUCGACCAGACCGGAAAGGGCAAAGGUAUCGCUGGUCGAAAGGAUCUGCCCGAUCAGUCCGGUUACGUGCAGGGUUACCAGAACAAAGACACCUACAAUAAGGCUCACUAGUCCCUGAUCGCGUUCUUCUGUGAUGUCUUCGAUACUCUGUUGUCCCGUCCACGCACUUCACACGAAACGCAUCGCGUUGUCGCGUUCUUGCCCCGUCUUCGCGGUCGUUCUUCCAUCGCAGCUCGUUUCGAACGAAACUACAGCUGACAAUCGAAUAGGGAACGAUGUGAGAUUCACGCGUAUCUCUUCGCGAACCAACGAGACGAAGGUACGAAAGAAACAUCGACAGAUUACGUUUUCAUAGAUGAUUCGACCACAUGGAAAUAUACUCGGGAGAUGGUCUCAGGACGCGAUUCGUGGACUUUGUACACGAUCUUUUUUACUGUUUCAAGGUUCGUUUAAAACACUUUCGAAGACCGUUGCAGAUACAAAGUUCGCGUGACGUAAAAAAGGCUGGUCAGAAUGAAAUAAUCGUUUCCUUUCGUACACAACGUGAUCCACAUAGAAACGAGCCGAAUGACGAAAUCGAAGUUGCAGAGCAGACUAUCGCAUACUCUUCCAAUACGCUUCGAAGAUACUCUCGAGCGUGCUUGACGCAGAAGCUACUUUCGAUCGUGAAGCAGAUAACAUGUACAAUUAAAAUGGUAUACCGGAAAUCGUGCGCGAUUUAUUCUUACGAUAUUUGCAUUGAAUACGUAAUAGAUUAAAGUGUACUUACUUAAAAAUCGUGGCCGCCUGCGCGAUGGCGGUGAGCUUAAGACCAAAAUCCGUAACUCGGUACUAACUAUUCGAGACAUUCAAGCGAAGUCUAACGCGUAAUUAUUAUUCACUCUUUUCGAAGACACCUUUGCGAGAGCGAUAGAAGUUUUUUUUUUAUAUUGAAAAAGGUUUGUUUGAUUUUUUUUUAAUUUUCAUUCGAGAUAGACGCACCCCGUGCGUCAUUCAAUUAAGAUUGAUAAAUUGCGACAUAGAAUUACCAAACCUUCAAUUGGUAAAAAAAAUGCAAUAAUUACGAGGUGCAAUAACUCGAGACAUAAUCUGUAAUAAUAAAAUAAAAGACUUAAGGAUCUCGAAUGAAUUAACAUAAGCUUUUUGAAAAUAGCUUUCGCAGUAAUGUCUUCAACGCAUUAAUAACGCACUUAAAAAGUUUUCUCUAAUCGAUGUACACUAUUUGAAGGGAUCGAUGUUCUCCCGAACGUUGAUGGCCCAAUUAUUUCGAACAAUAAAGACGAGUUGAACGAA